AAUAAUAAUAAUAAUAAUAAUAAUAAUAAUUGCAUCAUUUUCAUCGAAAAGUUGGUCCAAUUAUGAACACCAUGCCAGUUGCCAGUUCCACGCUAUAUACCCAAAUUUUCUUACUUAUAGUACAAUGGAAUCUGCUUAUUCAUUGCACCAGCUUACAAAUACAACACCAGAAAAGCCAGAACAGAUAAAAAGAAAUGGGAGAUUGUCCAAUUAAUGAUAAUGGUGAAAAAAGGUUGGAAGAAAUGAUGAAGAAGAUAGAAGAUGAAUUCUGGUUACCAGUAGAAUUGUUGAAGAAGUUGAGUGAUGAUAUUGAAUUGAUGAUUAGAAAAGGCUUGCAAGAUGAAUCUACCAGCUUCAUCAAGAUGCUUGUUUCCUAUGUCGAUUCCCUUCCUUCUGGUCAUGAAGAGGGAUGCUUUUAUGCAUUAGAUUUGGGAGGGACAAACCUACGUGUAAUGCGGGUUACGUUGCAAGGAGAUAGGACUACUAACCUUAAGUCUGAAUCCUAUAAGGUUCCUGCUUCAAUCAAGGUUGGAAAAUUACAUGAACUGUUUGAUUAUAUAGCGGAAAAAGUUUCACAUGUUCUUGAAAACGAAGAUGAUUUAGACUACAAGAUUCCUCCUGGUAAGAAGAGGGAGCUUGGUUUUACUUUCUCAUUUCCGGUGCACCAAACAAGGAUCAACUCUGGGACUCUCCUUAAUUGGACUAAAGACUUUAAUGUAAAAGAUGCUAUUGGCAAAGACAUGGUAAAAGAGUUAACAAAGGCUUUAGAGAAACGAGCUAUUGAUGUUAACGUGACUGCUUUGCUCAACGAUACUGUUGGCACAUUGGCCGGAGGUCUGUUUUACGACAAAAAUGUUGUUGCGGCUGUCAUUUUGGGUACCGGAUUGAAUGCCGCUUAUGUAGAACAAUCUGAUAACAUAAAGAAGCCGUAUGGUCCCCCACCAGAAUCAGGACAUAUGGUAAUCAAUACUGAAUGGGGAAACUUUUAUUCUCCGCUUCUUCCAUUGACGGAAUAUGAUACUGCACUAGACAAAGAUAGUCCGAACCAAAACAAGCAGAUUUUAGAGAAGAUGCUAUCCGGAAGAUAUUUGGGAGAAAUUGUGCGUAGAAUUUUGGUCCAAUUAGCCCAAGACGCUUUGCUUUUUGGUGACAUAAUACCUCCGAAACUUCAACAACAUUAUAUAUUAGGGACGGAUAUUGUUUCAGCAAUGCAUAGUGACAAGUCCACGGACUUAAGGGUUGUAAAGAAGUAUCUAGAGGAGAUUCUACAGAUAAGCAAUGUAUCCUUGGAGAAGAGGAAGCUUGUUGUCAAGAUAUGUGAAAUCGUGUCAACACGAGGUGCUCGACUUGCUGCUGCAGCAAUACUAGCAAUCCUUAAGAAGCUAGGAAAAGACACUGCAAACGAAGGGGAGACUGUAGUUGCGGUAGACGGUUCAUUGUUUGAGAAGUACGACGAGUUCAAAGCGUGCUUACAAAAGACGCUUGCCGAUGAGUUGCUUGAUGAACAAGUAUCGAAGUCGGUUGUACUUAAACAAUUCAAAGAUGCAUCAGGAAUUGGUGCUGCUGUUGUUGCUGCUUCUCACUCAAUUUACAAUAGUUGAUGUUGUUGUGUAUCCUGCUUUGAUUUUUGUGGUUAAUUGUGUACAAGUUUCUUAUAUUUUACCAUUUUGACACACUUCUGAAUUAAUCUUGUUAGUGAAAGCAAGUAUUUUACCUUGCCUAGUUGUCGGAAAGGAGUACAAAAACAUAAUAAAAAUAAGUCUUUUUUUAAUGUAAAUUAAAGUUAAAAGUAACGUAAACUAAUAUUUGAAACCUCUUAAUUUAAGGUCAUGUAUAAUAUCACAUACUCCCUUUAAUUCACUAUUAUUAUUCUAUAAGUUUAUUGACAUUUUUCGAUUUCA